AUAUUUCGUAGUGUAGGGAACUAGACUAAAGUUAAAUGUGAAGCUUGUAAAUUAUUCUUAUUAUUGAGCAUAUUUGCAGAGAAAGCUUAUAAGUGAAUGAGUAUCUCUACUGGCAACAUAGUAAGUGGGGGUCAUACCAGCUUUUUAUAAUGCCAGUAGACCUAAACAAGCUGACUGAAGGGUGGCUGGAGCUGGAAAGUGAUCCAGGGUUGUUUACAUUGCUUUUGGAGGACUUUGGAGUAAAAGGAAUUCAAGUGGAGGAAAUUUAUGAUCUCCAAAAACCAAUUGAAGGACCUGUUUUUGGCUUCAUUUUUCUUUUCAAGUGGAUAGAAGAGCGCAGGUGUCGCCGGAAAGUAGUUGUCACAGAAGAGAGUUUUGUAGAAGAUGAAGCAACAGUCAAUUCAAUAUUUUUUGCUCAGCAGGUUGUACCAAACUCUUGUGCAACUCAUGCUCUGCUUAGUGUCUUAUUAAACUGUUCUAAGAUACAUCUGGGGCCAACACUGACACGGCUAAAAGAACAUACUAAGAACAUGAGUCCAGAGGAACAUUGCAGUGGUGUGGAAGGAGGUGUAGUUUCUUUUCACAACUUAGCAGUGCCACAACAGGGAGGUACAUUCACCACUUCGGGUACUUUGCCAGCAUCUGAUGCUGUAUUUUCAGGUGCAGGCGACCCAUUUGGGAAUAUAUUGUUGCUCAUUCGCCGGGAGAUUGAGUGGUAUAUGAGCCAACCUCUUUUGGCUACUUCUGCCCCACUUCCUCCUGAGCCUUUCAAGCUGGUCCAGGCUGAUGAUGAUUUUGAUCGUUUGUCGCCCUCCUCCUACCCUCGCAUGGAUGUUGGUGCCCAGCAAGUGAGAGCUGAACCACGUCAUCUUCAAGAAAAAUCUGUUGGAAUUCCAACUGGACGCACAAUUGAAGCAUUUCACUUUGUUAGCUACGUUCCUAUUGAUGGUCGCCUGUUUGAGUUGGAUGGACUGAAACCUUAUCCAAUCGACCAUGGUAAAUUAUCUGUUACAAAUGGAAUUGCAUAUGAACAGAAACUUCGAACAUUAAAAACAAACAGACAGAUAGUUUUGGAAGCUCUUCAGCAACUUGUAAAGUUAACUCAUCCUGAACUGACAUCUGAUGACCAUGCUGAAUAUCUGGCUGCUGUCAAUGAUGGAAAAUCUUCAAAUCCUAACCAAGAUUUGGUAUUAUCAGAGUGUGUUCAACCAAUGCCCGACCUCAGCACUCCAGUGAAGCUAAGGUCAGCCCAACAGAAUGAGACCUCACCCUUCCCAAAGCUUCCUCCUGCUUUGGAUAGUCACAAUUAUGCAAAAAGUCCCAUGAUGGAAGGUGUUGGUAAUGUUCCUUCUCAACUUCGGCCUCGCUAUGAAGAUCUGAGUGGUUCAGACUAUAGUGAUGAUGAAGAUGUCAUGGAGAUUGAUAUUAGUAAUUCACAAAAUGAAAGUGGGGCAGAGAAUUUUUUAGGGGAGAGAGAACCACCAAGCAUGAAGUCCCUCUCAAUUAAUACCAGAGCUGAAUUGAUGAGACCUCUAACCAUUCAGACAAAGUUUCAAGCAUCUCCCACACCAAGUGCAUCCAGCACAGACACUUCUUCUGAAGCUGGUAGUGCUUUUAAUUCUCCUGUAAGAUCAGCUAAUUUGGGAUCAACACAGAACAGCCCUUCUUCUCUGUGCAAGGGUAAAGGUCCUGAAAACCAUGUAUUCGAAGACAUGAAAGAUAUAAAAAGAUUUGUUGUAAUACGUGUUACGGGAAGUGAUAACUGUGUACACAAAAGUGAAGAAGGAUUUUGUGAAGAUAUUACAGAAAGUAAGAAACGACAGAGAGAAAGUUAUCCACAAAGUAGUGUCAGUAACAUUGGUGAAAGGAGUAUAGCGCAAAAAAAACGGUCAGUGGUGAAAGAGAUGGGAGACCAGGCUUCCACUGAUGAAAACUCCCCUAAAACUGAUGAGACAACCAAACUUAGAAGUGAAGUGGAUAAUGCAGAUGAACCAGGGGACUUUAUAAUAGGGUCCAAAUCUAUAAAAGAUGACAGAAAAAGUAAAGUUCAUGGGAAGAGUAAACAAAAUCUGCACCUUGAGGAACCUCAUCAGUUUGCUCCUAAGGAUCUUUUAGCUCUUCUGAAAACAGUGGAAGGAGAAAUUAAAGUCUGUGAAAAUAACCUUAAAGAUGAGAUAGAGAAAAGAAAGAAAUAUAAGGUCGACGACUGUCGGAGGACUCACAACUAUGACCAGUUUAUUUGCACUUUCUUGUCGAUGCUUGCUGAGAAAGGUAACUUGGCAGAUCUCAUUGAACAACAGUCUUUAAUAAAGAAAAGACAAGGAUCUAGUUCAGACCAUCAUAAGAUCAAAAAGAAGGUUGAUCGGCGUAGAAAGACCCGGCAGAAGAAAAGAAAAUGAAAAUACAAUAAUUUCAUUUACGUGAUCAAGUCUUGAAAUACUUUGAGCUGUCAUUCUACAUCCAUUUCUUUAAUACCAUUUGAAAAGUAUUGAUAAAUACAGGAUAUUUGAUUUUAAAGAUUCUAAGUACUUUCCAGAUCUUGAAAUAAACUAAAUUUCAGGAUACAUGUGUGCCAAGAUAGCCAGUAAGGCAUUACCAAGGCUUUAGAAAUGGACCAUAAAUUUUAUUCUAGUAUCAAGGGUUUCAUUGUGGAGUAUGCAUUAAUAGUUAACUCCAAGGCUUUAGAUGUGGAGUGUUAAAGCCUUGGAGAUAUUGAUAAUAUUUCAAUACAUGGAGAACAAAUAAUAGAGUUUGAAACAAAAGCAGGUAUCUGUAAGUUAUUGUUCUGUCUCAUUGUAUUAUGAUGCAUAUGUUUAUAUUAUACUUUUUUUUUACAUUUAUUGUGUACUUUUUAUGUACUAUCCAUUUGUUUAUAUUACAUUUCACAUGUGUUCACAAUGUACUAUUGUUUAACUGUACUGUCUGCUGACAUUCUACUUUCCCUUUUCAUGUAUAUUGUACUAUUCUUUCGAUAUGGUCUCACCUCGAUCUUUUUUCUGCCCUAUAAGCAUUGCUAAAAACAUUUUGUGCUUAGAGCACCAGUCUAUAUACCUCAUCAAUUCCAUGCUAUUUUUAACAUGUACAUAACAUGUGACUACUCUACACCAAUAGUAUUGUAUCACCAUAUUGGUGCAGCUAGUUCCUUCUAAUAUUACUGCUCAAUCCUCACUUUCUCGAUUGGCACUACAUCAUUCAGAUCUGUGUUUUUUCACGGGUGACUACAGUUUGAUUGUGCUUUGUGGUUAACCACAGUUUUGUUUUUCUAUAUUUGAUUUCAAUUGUUUCUUGUUCCCGAAUUCUAAGUAAACUUAGUAUGAAUUCAAGGUUCCAUGUCUCUGAAACAGAAAUUCCCAUGACAGUUGACAAUGCAUAUAGUACGACUUCCCAGGACUCAGGUUUGAAUUUAUCUGCAGAGUAAGUGCAGGCCUUAAAUCGCAGGGAGCUAGUCAUAUAUUUGGGCAGCGAUCUCUACCCCUUUUCAACCUGACCAUGAAAAAUACCAUCAAGAUGACGACAGUUGGGACUCUCUUUUUCCAGCACCUUAUUUUGGUCAGACACAAUCUACACUUCUUCAGGAUAUUUCACUUUCCACCCCUUUUUUCAACUUGUUAAUCAUGUAUGUGAUAUUUUACACAUUCCCUAUCACCUAUGAUGCCUCCCCUUCCAUAUUGGGUCGUGUUCCAUCUUCUGAAUUUUGUUCAUGAGAUCAUGUUCAGAGAUUUUCUGACCAACUUCAGUCGAGUAUUGGUAUGCUCCUUCUCCUUCAGAUGCAUAUUUGGAUUCUCUACUUCCCCUUUGGGGUUUGAAUCCUGGGGCUUCAGUUCAUUUUAAUUAGGCUCAAUUUUCAAGGAUUUGCCUUUUCCUCUCAUCCCUUUUAUGUUACUAGUCUUCCCUCCAUUUAUCGUCUGAGGCUUUUUGACCACUCCCCUGACUUUUUUCAGAUGAACUCGGGGCCCUUCUUUGGUCUACUAUGGCUCAUUUAUCGGCCUCUGCCCUUUCCCUUAAUACCUGUCACUUGUUGGGGAGGGAUGCAUUACUUGCAGGGGUGUAUCUUCCCCGUUCAUCCCUGUGAGAUCUGCAUCAGGCCCACUUCCUAUACAAUACCAUAUUUGGAGGUCAUCCUAAUUCCUUGGAAUCCAGGAUUGAUGUGGUUAGAUUGCAUUCUUACUUGUCUUCUCUGACCACACACAUUUAUCUCACCCUCCUGCUUCUUCUCAUGGUUUGUUUUACCUCUUGCUCCUACAAUGGUUUUGAGAGUUUGGCUGAAUUCUCACUUCCUCUUCGUAAUUCCAGUUGGGGUUUGUGAGUAUAUGUAACAUGGUCCACAUGCCAUAGCCACUACGUUUAUGUUACACUGUAUUUGAUUUUAUCUCUUUUGCUCCUGCUAAUGCCAAGGACUAGUUAUGGAACCUCUUCUUUCCAUUUGAGGUUGUGUGUCUACGUUGUUCAUUCAGUUUAUAUUUUACUAUGUAUUGCACUUGUGCACAUCCUUUUUUUCUACCUGUAUCAGAUUAAUUUCCUCCUUCAAAGGUGAAUAGCAUACCUGUUCCAGAUGUAGUGUGGUACUCCACGUGUGCUUCAGUUUCAUAUCAGAGCACACAAAUUCAUUCUGGGUGGUUGCUUUCUACUUGGUUUCAAUGUUGAGUGCCUACACUGGCUCUUCCACCUUUGCAAUGUGUGAUUCUAGCUUUGUAUGAGUAGAGGUAAGACCAUAGCAGAAGUUAACGUUUUUCUUACACUGAAAAUAAAUUUCUGAUAGGUACUUACCUUCCCUCCCCACUGCCAGUAUUAUUCUUUUAGAGCUGGAAUAGCAGAGGUAGCUGCGCCAUUGUAGGUGGCACAAUACUAUUGGUGGAGGGUAGUCACAUGAUAUGUACAUUUUAAAAAAUGGCACAAAAUGGAGGGGGAUAUAUUGACUGGUGCACUGAGCACGAAAAGCUUUUAGUAAUGCUUAGAGUACAGAAAGAAAAUAAAGAUUGCUUUGUGUGAGAGAAGGUAAGUACCUAUCAGAAAUACCUUUUCAGUGUAAGAAAAAUGUUAAUUUCUAUUUUCCCUUUUCAUGUUCUUUUGUUUAAUUAUAAUGUCAGUUUGGUUACGUUAUAAUGCCCAUUUGUGUGUGUGUUUAUAUAUUUAUAUUCUACUGUUAUUUUAUUUACAUUAUACUCUGUAAUUGUGACUUUAAACAAGGCCUUUUAAAUGAUGCAAAGGCAGCCAAAACUUUGUAUAUAAAUUGCAACAUUUUGACAUGAGUAAAUAAGCAACUUAUAAUUGUAAAA